GUAAAGGCGAGCCUUUUAGUCGCGUCCGACCUGCCGUAGAGGAGCAAACGCAUUCGCUGCCGGUUCGACAGUUGCGCGUGACAGUGCGAUAUAGCAAAAGAGCCGCCGGAGUGCUUAAAAUCGCCGGAGUCGUGCGCGCCAAGAAUGAAAUUCAUUCCUCGCCUGACACAGUACAACCGUGGCAGUAGAGGCAGCAACAGCAACGUUAGCAGUGACAAAAGUAAUAGUGACAGUAGUUGCGAUCACGGCGGUAUAUCGUGUCGGCACGGGGCAGUCAGUGACAGUAGUACGAGCAGGACGCACAAACGACACCGUAUAUUGUAAUACACGUCUUUUUUUUCCCUUUACCGGGUCAAAGCGAGCCGGAGGGGGGGGCGUGGACUCGUGGAGACGACCGCGAGUCUCGCACACAAACACACACACGCACACACGCACACACACGCGCGCGCGCGCGCGUGCGUGUGGGCUCGCAGGCUUCGCGUUCCGCGACGAGUGUUGCACGUUGUUCGGAUCGCGCGCGCGGUGGGACACAGCCGAGCCGCGAAUACGGAGACGAGCGGCGAUAGUUUUUUUUUUUUCUUCUAUACACAAUCGGAAUGAAGUGUGCGCUGUGUGUUGAUCGAGAUUAAAUCCUUGCUGAUCGAAUUACAAAUGGAAACGAAAAUGUUGCUGCCCGGUGGUGUGUUGCGCACCACGUUGAACACGAUGGACGAGGAUGUGUAUUACAAAAGUUACUCGAACGAUGCGUAUAUUACAUCUCAAAGUGAUAUGGAAGGAUUUGUUAACGAUAGGAAGGAUUUCCUAAAUCCACAAUUGUUGGAAGCAAUGCAGUCAUACGCUCGACUUUAUAUGUUGGGAUCGUUGAAGCACUAUAACUGGAAAGAUUCGUGGGACGACUCGUCGUUAAUGAAUAAAGACUACUAUAAUGACGUUACAUCAACCAUAAAUGAGAGGAAAAAUACGGAAAUCCAAUUGGAGCGGCAGUUCCAGCCGGUGCCAAAGUCAGAGUCGGAGUCGGAAUCGCAAUCGGAGUCGGAGUCGGACUCGCAAUCGGAGUUGGAAUCAAAAUUUGAACCACAAUUACAGUCAGAACUACAGUUGAAUCUGAAAUCAGAGAUGAAGUCGGAGUUGCAAAUAAAGCUGGAGACGGAGCUGGAGCCGGAGCUGAAAUCGGAAUCAGACCUGGAGUUGGAGCUGGAGUUGGAGUUUGAGUCAAAAUCAGAGCUCUUAGAGGAAAAACUGGAGUUGAAGACAGAAUCCUCUAUAGAUGCGGAGUUCCAAACCAAGAUAUUGGGGCCUAAAUGCGAAGAAGAGAUGUUCAAAAUCUACACUAUUCUCCAAAACUUGUAUUUUAAAAGAGCUCAGAACAGCUCAUAUGUUCCGGAUAUAGAAGCAGAAAGAGCCUUGAAGAUAGUUCAAGAUCUCAUAAAGAUAUCACCGGUAUAUGAAUCUUGCUUUAAAAUGCAAGAGAAAUUGGAAAUGAAAGUAGAAUCAGGGAGAUUGCAGAAUCCGGAGGAAUCCGAAAUGUAUGUAGAAUCAGAAAAAUCGCAGAAUUCGGAGGAAUUAGAAAUGCAUCUCAAAUUAGAAAGAGACUUUCAGAAUAUGGAGGAGACAAAAUGUAUCACCAAUAUCAUCACAAAAUUCGACUCAGAAUUGUAUAUGGACGUUAUAGAUGAUUUUGAUUUACUCAAUGAACUAGCCAGGUCUAAUAGGGAAUUAAGAAAGUUUAUUCGAAGAAGAAUAAAAAAUGGAAAUUUAAACAUUUUCUUGCAUAAUCAGAAGUCAGCCAAUCGUAUAUUAUACAAAAUCGAGAAAAUUUAUUACACAGAACCGAGCGUCAAAAAAGAAUCCAACAAAGAAAUUGAACAACAAUUAGUGGAACAGAAACCUGUACAUUCAAACGCCAGCAGGAGUAUUUUAAAAAAUCCAAUAAAUUCGCAGUUGGGGCCGAAGCCCCCGGUUUCGCUGUUCAAUAGAAUACAUUUCUCUCCCAGUUUUCUACCAUCAGAGGUUAUAGAUUCCUCAGAAAAGGAACAAAAUGUAGAAAUGAGUCGUACAUUACAAAAUAUACGCGAAACAGAGUCGCCGAUCUUCCGACACGAUGACAUCAACGUGUCGGAGACUCUGUGUCAAUUGUCGAAGGGGAUGCAGAUGAGUUCGCCGGAGAACGACUCUCGUCAACAGCAGGUUAAUGCAGAAGACAUCGUCAGACAUACCAUGACUGAUCACUGCUAUCACCAGCUCAGACCGGUGGAGGAGCAGGAGGAGCUUGUAGAAUCUGAUGAAGAGGAGGAGGAGGAGAUCGAUGUCGUGUCGUACGAGAAGCAGACGGCACACUUAAACUUCGCACAGCUCCAGCGUAAUGCAAUUCAGCGUGCUGCAUUAAUCGCGAAAGCAGACAAGACUUCCACCGUCCGACGACCUCGCGGUAGACCACCGGGCUCGAAUUCCAUGAAACGGAAAAAAGACGCAGCGAUCAACCGAGAAGCCUUCGCUCCGAAGCGUGCCCGCAUUCAGAAUAAUCAUCAACAAAAUAAACAGCGGAAUUACAUCCAAUACAGCCGAAAUGACCAACUUGAGGAAGUCGACAAGAGGCAACUGCACAACACUAUGGAGCGACAACGGCGAGUAGGCUUGAGGAACUUGUUCGAUGAUUUAAAAGCUAGCAUGUUGAUAGAUAGGAAUCAAAAGGUAUCGAAACAAACCGUUCUGAACAAAGCGACGAAGUAUAUUUCUAUUUUGAACGAAAAGAAAAAAUUGGCGGAUCGGGGUGAGAGGCUCAAUGAGAAAUUCGAGAGGCUCAUUCAGAUAAUUAAAAAACUCCGAAACGCUAGAAAACCUAUUUUGUCUCACGGCAAAAAAUGAAAAUUAACUCAAAUGUGGAUUGGCGGAACUAAAAGUCAAAAAUUCGUUCCGGUUUGCUCGAUGAAAACGAUAAUUUCCUGAUCCCGUUCUCCGACUGGCUCGAUCGAAGAUGUCCUUUUUUGAUAUCUCGUUUCUUUUUUCUUUUUUACAUCGCGUCUAUUCAGCGCGUCGCUUUCCUUUGCGUCGACGCUCUCGCGCGACCUGUUGCACGUUGUCGACGAGUCAUCGGCAAACGCAUUUUAAUUUUCGUCGUGCAGAUAAAACGAAUCGCUCGAGCAGUUGGAAGGGAGAAGGGGACCUUAUCACGAUAUUGCCCAACAACCUGACUACCGGUUCCCAACCGGUUCGAUGGUCUUAGGGGCGCUUUGGACCGGUUCUAACCGCAUAUAUUUUGUAUAUAAAGGAGUAGAAAAAAGGGGAAAAGUGAGAAACGCGUAGGCUUCGAUUAUCGUCCAGUCGCCGGUUCUUUCCAAAACUCGAGAAUAAACGAGAAAAAGAGUUGUGCGAACCCUCACGUCGUCGGAAGAGUGAUCUUCACGUUUGAUAAGUUACGUUGACGGUCACAGACACGCGAGAUCUCGGGCGUGCCUCUGUCGCGAAAUAUCGCCUCUUUAUCCCUGCUUGUAUAGUUUCGGAAUUUAGUAAAACUUUUUAACGUAUUAGUUUCUAUAUACGUAUAAAAAUAGAUUUUCAUUCAUUUAGGCAUACACCGCGAUUGGAUAUAUUUAUAUACAUAUAUAUUGCAGAUAUAUAUAUGUAUAUAUAUAUAUAUAUAUAUAUAUAUAUAUAUAUAUUCGCAAAUAAAUAACGAAUGAAUAUCGAUGCUCGAGUAGCAAAUAGUAAUAAUUAUUAACAUUAUUAUUGGAAUAUUUACUCUAAUAGUAUCAUUGAUAUCUUUAGUUUAUCGUAGCAUCGAGCGCGCCGCCGGCAUGUCUUAAAUCGAGACGGCUAUAGCACGUUAUUCAUAUUGUGUUAGUCUUCGAACGAUUUAUGCAAAAGAGAUGAGAUACUAUAUAGAGCAACGAUGAUACCCAUACCACACACAAACAUGCACACGUAUACACGAAACUGUAUGCCAUACGUAAUCAUGCCCAUUAAACACAUUGUAUAUUGAUUAUAUUAGUAUUUUUUUUAUACAUACUAAUAUAAGGAUAACAAGUAAGAGUAUAACAAGUAUAAUGUGCAUAAUCAUGUAUGUUAUACAGAUACAAGUGAUGAAUCGAAGAGCUGGAACAGCGUCUUCGAAUAGAGUCUUUAUAUUGCUGUACAGAUAUAAGAAAAAGAGGAAAAAGCAACAGAAUGUGUUCAUUACAUUUAUAGAUAACAGUAUUCGUUUGUAUGCAUAUUUUUAUGAUAGAAAAAUGGAAGAUGAACGCGAAAGUGAACCUUUCGAGAAAAAUACACACACACACACACACACACACAAAUACUUAACACGCUGAACACAUUAUACAGUCAGGCGGACACAUAUAAUGAGCUCGCAGCUUCGUUCGCACGUAGUCCAAAUUCAAGCUAUAAAUAGAUUAACAAUAGCGGUAGAGCCCCGAACUAGAGCAGCGGUGGGGCGUAUAACGGCCGUCUCAUCAACAGAAAUGAAGAGAGAAAGGACGAAAGACUUAUAAUAGGUCAGGUGUACUAGCAUCAAUCAAGGUGUAUUAACAUUUUAAUGAUACAAUGGACAUACACACUAACACGCGUGCGUAUACGCGAAGACAUACAUGUACAUGACACGCAAACGGAUACAGUUGAAUUAAAUAGGAACUAUUAUUAAUUUAAAACGACACGGGAAAUUUUUAAUCGCUACCCAAGUUUAAUAUAUAUAUUUUUAAGUACACACACGAAAUGUAGUAAUGUACGCAACGUAGUAAUGCAGUUCGGAACACGGGCGACCACGAUAGUUUUCAGACGGUGGUCGGGAGGGACGUAUUGGAUUAUCAAAAAUCGCGAGAGAGACUUUUAAAGAUAAUUGAAAUAGACGCUCUUUUGUACUUUUUAUAGACAUUUUUGUAUUUCGCGAAUAUCGAUAGAGAAUGAAGGGUGUGUGUGCGUGUGUGUGUGUGUGUGUGUGUGUAUGUGUGUGUAUAUAUAUGUAUACACCUAUCGCAAAUUAUUAAUUAUUUCUAGUUAAUUUGAAAAUAUUAGAAACUCUAAAAAUACAAUCUUGACAUUUUAUGUCGAGAUGAUAUGCGUGUAUGCCUGAAAUGUUUUCUUAUUAAGUAACAUUUUCUUAUUAGAUGAAGAAGUUGCUGUAGUUAGAGUCGUUUUGCUGAAAUCCAGCCACGACAUUUAUAUAGGUAUAGAAAACAGAGCAAAAAUAAGCUCUUUUUCACUUAUUAAUUUACAUAUAAUAAUCUUUAUUCUUUCUUUUUCGCAUAUACAUACAUAUGCGAAAUGUGCGAGGAGUCAGCGGGUCUCGAUAAAAUAUAUUCCUCAGCUAAGUUUUCCACUACAGUAUCAAAAUGCAUUUAUCUACAUAAAAUCUGCUUUACAAUUUGCACAUAUCUAAUUCUUUUAUACUUCGAACUUCACUUCAUGUCGCUUAUCUUGCGAAAGACUCCAAGAAUAGUGAGGUUAAUGAUGAGACUUUGCCGCAGAGAAAGAUUUUUCUUGCAAAGUCGUCAAUGUGACUAUAUAAGUAAAAGUGCUGAUUUUUUAAAAAUGAAUGACUCCACAUGUGCGAGCGCUUUCUCGCAUUUGAUUGUUUGCAAUUCAAGAACGAUUCCUUGCUGACCGUAAGCACUUGUAGGUGAUAAGAUAAACGAAAGGAAACUCGACGAUAUUCCUCGCAACAAAUUCCGUUUUCGAACGGAAAGCCUUCUCUCGCGUGAAUCCUUGCUUUGUCGUUUUUGUUUGCUCGUGUAUCCGACCUGUGAGUUCUUUGAACCGUGCCAAAUAUUAAAAAUUUAGUGUUUAUAAAUGACUGAAAUCGGCUGUUCAGCCGGAUAGUUCUAUUUAAUGAAAAUAGCAAACGAGGUCCCUGACGGCCUCACACAAAUUAAAAAAAUUAAAAUAUUUCUAUCCCUUUUUUUUAUUUUCUCUUUCAAUUUGCUUUUUUUUAAAUUACUAUCAUUUUCUCUCGGCAAGAACUUUUUGUUGAAAAUUGCUCAUAGUGAGAGGAAGAGGAAGAUAGAGAAGAAACACUCUGAUUGACGAGUCGCUAGGGUGUUUCGUUUUUUUUUCCUUUACUCCAUAGUUCUUUUACCCUUUUUUUACUGCUAUCUCUCGAAAUAGCGAUCGUGGCACAGAGAAUCGUGCGUCUGCUGUCUGUGCCGAAUAAGAAAUAAGGUCUAGAGCUAAGGUCUAGAGAGAGAAAGAGAGAUCUCUCGAAGAAUUUUCCUCGACAAUUUCUUAUUGUAUCUUGGAUAAGAUCUCUCUCUCUCUCUUUCUCUCCCUCUCUAGUCCUUAAUUUUAGUCCUUAUUUCUUAUUGUAUCUUGUAUAAGAUACAAUAACAAAACUUAGAAAACAUAUUUUUUUUGCAAACAAUAGGUAUUUACAGUACAAACUUCGCGUAUUUUUUUCCUUUGCGAAGUCUCGAAUUUAUAUCAUUAUCUCCUUGCUAGGUUUUGUUAUUGUAUCUUAUAUGAAUAAGAAAUUGUAUGUGUGCGUGUGUGGUUGAGAAAGAGAGGGAGAGAGAGAGAGAAAGAGAAAGAAGAUAGAAUUGCUUCUGCUACGUUACAAAUUAAUUGUACAAAUUGCUCGUAAUCAGAUUUUUCGAAACAAACACCUCGCCUCUGUCAUGAAGAGUACACACGUACCUGCUAGUUAAUGAGUAUACUUAAAGUUAAUAACAAUAGAUAUUAUAUGGAAAAAUUAGUUUUUGUAAACGACUUAUGUCGAGUCAGCUUUAAGUUAAAUACGGGGGCAUGCAUCAUUUUAACUAUUAUAUAAAAUAAAAUAACGUUAUUAUCAAUUCAUGAUAUAUACACGACAAGCACGCGCGACACGCGAACCUCCUUUCCACCUACACACAAAUUGUCUUGUUGACAGAUUCCUUUGUCAAUAAAAGAACUGUAUGGGCUCAGAAAUUCAUGCUUUUUUUUUUCUAUUUUCAUCGUAUCCUUGUUUUUGUUCAUGCGGCAUUGGAAUGAGGUUCGCUGUCCAUAUUACCUACAAACAUAUGUGUAUGUAGGAUAUUUUAUUUCGCGUUUAGGAUUGCGACGUCUAUGCUUCCAAAUUGCGUAUCGCAAACCGCGAAAAGAAAGAUUUGAUUUCGAAAACACGAUAGAAAUUUUUUUUUUUUAGAUUAAUAUUAGUUAAUGAUUUGUUUUUUUUUUUUAAGGUUUGCGGAAUAUACACUCUGAAAAUAUAGAAUAUAAAAUGUGAAAUAAAAUAUUCUGUAUAUGUAUAUAUUAUCUACUUUCCGUCGAGCUCCAGACUCAUUUAAAUUCAACCUAUUCGUCACAAGCAAUUCGCAUUCCCAGUUUUCACUUUAAUUGGCAAUGUUUUAAAUGUAGUAGAGGGCUGAGAUGAAGGUGCAGAUUCUCGAGAUGUGAUUUAAUUUUGCCAAUUAUAAUUGCGUGUAAAUAAUAAUCACGUAUAUCUAUUAUUUGCAAAGUUACAAGAAGAAAAGGAUCUAUAUAAAUAGCGUUUCUUAUAUAUCCUUUAAAAAAGUGCAGAACUGCGGAAAUGUGAACAAAAAAAUGUGACAGGGAGCUUAACGGGACAUUAGUGAGAGUUAAGUAUAUUUUAUGUAACUUAGAUUUUUUUAUUCAAAAUAAGCAAAAAAUAUUUUUAUUUAUCCUCUUUAUUUUUAUAUGUAUGACGUUGUUACUGAAAAUUAUUUCUCGUAAACGAACGAGAAAUUUGUAACGGCGCGAUCGAAAUAGAUGCUAUUACGCGAAUAAGAUUAAAGGCACUUAUGGCACUACAGCAGAGAGGUAAAUAAGAAUUGUGCUAGAUUAUAAAGCUAAGUUUACAUAAAAAGAAAAAUUCAAAUAAAUGUUAUUAUAAAUUAUACAUAUAUAAUUAUAUAUAUGUAUAAAAUUAUAUAUAUCUAUAUAUAUAUAUAUAUAUAAAAGAAUAUAAAAUUUCUUACUGCAUUACGAUUUACAUAUAUAUUAUAUACAGAUAGAAUCUCUUAUUUUUACAAGAAAAGCAGUUUGAGAAAAGGAUGGAAAUGAUAAAAAGAUAUUCAUUGAUCGUUCGCGCGUAACAACAAAAGACACGAUGUCGGUUACGUUCCGCAUUAUUCACGUCGCGCUCUUGUAUUUCUUCGUAACACGCGGCAUCACGACGAUGAACGUGAACUAGAAUAAAGCAGCCACAGAGCUGUUUUAACAUGCAGUUUCGAGUUUCUUUCUCGAUAUUUUGAAAAAAAAUAAAGUUAUUUUGGUUAAUUGUCGACGUAUAUAACGAAAGUGUAACAUUACAUAAAUAAUUUUUAUAAUUUUAGAGUAACUUUUUUAUAAGUGAUCUUUUUGUGAUUUUGUUAAUGAUGAAUAUUUGAAAAAGUGCGGAAAAGAAAAAGGUAAUAAAAUAGGAAAAAACUAAAUUAAAAUAAGUGUUUCUUUUGUAUUGGUUUUAAGUUUGACUACACUAUGUAAUAUUAUGUUAGGACUGUCGACCCUGUACUAUUAGAAGAUAUUAUUUGCAAAUAUUGUUUCAUGAUUGCUUGCGUAAGUUUAUAUAUAUGUAUAUAUGUAUAUAUAUAUAUAUAUAUAUAUAUAUAUAUAUAUAUAUAUAUAUCAUGCGAGCAUAGACGAAGUAACGAUGCGCCUCGAGUUCAUUGUACCUAUACCUCGAAGAUUGUUAAAUUAUACACAAAUAAGGGAACGAGUUUAUCAAUGACAGAUACGAGCUUCUCAAUGACGACUUCCUAAUUCGAAUCCUCGUAAUCGAAUGGGGGACCGUCAUCGAGUCGCUACGGCAGCCUAAAAAAAAUCAACUUCGUACAACUAUAUUAUAAUAUAUUGUACAGACCUUUAUAUACUGUAAUAAUGCGGAAUCAAGGCACACUUACAAAUUAUAAGAAUAUAUAUUGUACAAUAGAAAUGAGAAAGAGUAAUAUUUAUACCAGCAGUUAAUAGCAUGAAAAGAAUUAAGUACUUUAGAAAUAAUAUUUAUACUUCUAUAUUUACAAUUGCCUUAAAACGGGCAAUUUAGAAAUAGUCUUCACACGUUACUUUUUUAUACGAAAAUCGUGUAUAAAAAGAACUUGUCUAUAUAUUUUUGUCUAAAUAUUUUUUUUUUUCAUUAAUUUCGAAAAACAUUGAGGACAGAGCAUAAUUCUUUUUGUGUUGUACUUAAAAAUGUCCAAAAAAAGGGGUUUGUCCUUCCCGGUGAAAUGAUUACGAGCAUAAUUAAACGAAGAUUUAUGUGUUCCAUAAUUGACAAGAAAGAUCGCCGAUGGUCGGACGAAUCCAUUGAUUAAAUCUUUUGACUAUUGCAUGACUAAGUUGUUAAUUAAACUUGCAACGAAAACGAUAUUUGCGCAGCGUAUGAGUACAAAAUCUACUCUGGGUAUGACACACCCGGGCCAUUUAAAAAGAAAAAGAUUUAUUUCGAAACCAUUGUUUACUUAAACGCGUGUAAAAUGAAUAAUAGUUUCGAAACAGUUUCAAACAAAUCACUUUUUUUUUAUUUACAAAUGUCAAAAUGUGUGCCAUACCUAAAGUGGAUUUUGAGAAGAGAGGGGUCAGACAAGUUCCUUGAUUUAUACUUUGAAUCAUAUAUGAAUAAAAUAUAUCAUUUAAUUAAA